AUAGUUACAAGUAGCAUCCUUCACACACGGUGGCUCAGGAUUCAGCUGUGCCCCAAACACCCCACCUCAGCAUUGUGUACAAGGAAUGGGGGGGAUCUCCCAAGAACUUAAAAAAUGGUGAGAUACCCCGCCCCCAAAUCUUCAAUGGUAAAGGGCCCUACAGGAGCCACUCUGGAAGCCAACACAGAGCCUCUCACACGUGCCCAAUAAAUAUGGGCUCUGUUCACUUUCAUGGCUUCACUUAUCUUAGGAGGUCCCUCUAUCACCUCCAAAUCUCUUAUUUGCCCUCCAAGAAUGUUGAGAUCUUACACUAACGCCUUGAGGCCCUGCCUAGAAGUCCCUGCAUCAUCCCCUUGAAAUGUUGCCUUGAAAUCACACUUUAUCACUUCAAGGAUAAUGUCUGGAGGUUCCCCCGUUAACUUCCUCUCUAGGAAAAUAACCCUAAGUUCAGCAGGAAGGAGAUGUCUCACCCCUUCCACCCACCCCACCCUACCCAGGCUUCCCAGUACUUGACAACAAAGGAUGAUUUGUGCUAGUAUUUCCUGUGGGUUCAUUUUGUGGCAUGAAAAUGAGGUCCACCCUGUCAGAGUCAUCUCACAGGGCCCCACUUGAGCUCCUGACUCUGGACCGUGGGGGCCACAGAGGAUCCCCGCUGCCCCUCCCCAGGCCUGGGCAAGAUGCAGCCCCUGGAUUUAUGCAACCUUAACUGCUGUGGUGUGUUUCCGUAUUCCUGGGUGACUCCGCCUGCUCCCCACUGCCCUGCCCAGUGCUACACUUCGGCACCUUCCUCCACAGCUUAGCCACCAUGGUGCCCUUGGGAUCACUGCAUGGGGCCUGCUGCAGUCUGCUCAUCUCCCUGCUUCUGGUCUGUCUGCUGCCCCCAGGGGCAGGAGUUCCUGCUGCGGGUGGAGCCCCAGGACCCAGUCGUGCCUGCCAGAGGAUCCCUCUUGGUAAACUGCAGUACAGACUGCCCCCAUCCGGAACUCAUUACCCUGGAGACGUCCCUACUGAAGGAGACAGUGAGCAAUGGCGUGGGCUGGGUGGCCUUCCAGCUCAGCAAUGUGACUAGUGACAGCAAGGUCCUCUGCUCCAGCUUCUGCAAUGGCUUCCAGAUGACAGGCUCCUCUGAUAUCACAGUGUACAGGUUUCCAGAGCAUGUGGAGCUGGCACCCCUGUCCCCCUGGCAGCCUGUGGGCAAAAACCUCACCUUGCGCUGCUGGGUGGCAGGUGGGGCACCCCGGACCCACCUCUCGGUGUUGCUGCUCCGUGGAGAGGAAGAGUUGAGCCGGCAGCAGGCAGUCAGGGAGCCUGCAGAGGUCACCACCACGGUGCUGGCUGGCAGAGACGAUCAUGGUGCCAAUUUCUCUUGCCGCUCCGAACUGGACCUGCGGUCCCAAGGGCUGGGACUGUUUCAGAACAGCUCGGCCCCCAGGCAGCUCCAAACCUUUGUCCUGCCUGUGACCUUCCCGCACCUCACUGUCCCCCGGUUCUUGGAGGUGGGAACGUCCGGGCCCCUGGUCUGUACCUUGGACAAGCUGUUUCCAGCCUCAGAGGCCCAGGUCCAACUGGCGCUGGGCAACCAGAUGCUGAAUACCUCAGUCUCCAGCCAAGGGGACAUGCUCACAGCCACAGCCACAGCCACUGCAAGCGCAGAGCAGGAGGGCACCAGGGAGAUUGUCUGCAAUGUGACCCUGGGGGGCGAGAGCCGGGAGACCCGAAAGAACUUGACCAUCUACAGCUUCCGGGAGCCCACAAUGAACCUGAGCGAGUCCACCGUCCCUGAGGGGACCACAGUGAAUGUGACUUGCGCAGCCGGAGCCCGAGUCCAGCUCACACUGGAUGGAGUUCCGGCCGUGGCCCCAGGGCAGCUCGCCCAGCUUCAGAUAAACGCCACUGAAAGGGACGACAGGCGCAGCUUUUUCUGCAGUGCCACCCUCGAGGUCGAUGGGCUAAUCUUGCGCAGGAACAGGAGCGUGCAGCUACGUGUCCUGUAUGGUCCCAAGAUUGACCCAACCAAAUGUCCUCAGCACUUGACGUGGAAAGAUGGGACGACCCAUAUCCUGCAGUGCCAGGCCCGGGGCAACCCGGACCCGCAAAUACAGUGUUUGCAGGAAAGCUCCGGGUUCCAGCCGCCCGUCGGGAUCCCAUUCCGCGUCAGCUUAAACUACAGUGGAACCUACUGCUGCCGGGCGGCCAAUUCACAGGGCACGCAUACUUUGACAGUGGUGAUGAACGUUCAGAAUCGGAACCCCCUUGUCGUCACCAUUGUCAUGGCAGUGUUGGUGAUCCUGGGCCUCGUGACUGUCACCGCAGCCUCACUGUACAUCUUCGGGGUGCAGAAGCGUAAUGACAUCUACCAUGUGAAUCAGGGGAGCACCUGGUUGCCCCUCACGUCUAAACAGCCCAACGAGGUGCUGAGGGAGGAGCCAUCCUGAACCUCGCGCUACCAGAGGACUGGGCCAAAGACCGGGGUUUGGCUGUAUCCCCGAGUUCCAAAACAAUAAAGCCCUCAAAAUCCGGA